AUGGUCAAGAAAAAACAGUGUUGUCCAACACCGAGUGUUUCUGCUCAAAUUCUGUACGAUCUUCAGGCGGUUAUUGCUUCAACGCGACGCUUUACCUUGGUGUGCAGAAUUUGUUGA